GCACCGUUUCAAAAAAAAGAAAAAAAGAGAGAGAAAGAAAAAAAGAAAAAAAAGAAAAAAAAGAAUAAGAAAAGAAAAUAUAAUUAUAAAUGAGAUUCUUUAAAAAAAAAAAAAAAAAACAAGGAAAAUAACGAAAUGAAACCCAACGGCCACCAGGUAGAGACACGUGGCGUUGUCGUUGGCCACGUGUCACGCAACAAGCAGAUUACUGCAGAAGCCAUCAAUCCGGAACGGGUUUCAAAGAGCCACGUGGCGUUGUCGUUGAUCGCUGAUGACUCCGAGGAUCAGGGAACGUCUGGCUUCGCCGACGAGACUGCCACGUGUCUCAUCGACCACGCAGGGCACGUGGCGAAGAGGAAGGCGAAGACAGGAGAAGGGGUGACAGAGAAGGAGGGUAGUAGUGGUAAUGCUACCGCCGGUGUCAGCGUCAGCCAGAGAGAUGACGUGGCUGCGAAGGAGAAGGUAGAAGAAGAUCGAGGUCUGGAUAUGGCGGCGGCCGCCGUCUCUUCGACAGGGAAAGACGACGGCGAAACCACCACAACGACCGGUACYACGGCCAUGGCCACAGCRACGACCGACCGGAGCAGCAACAGCAGCAUCGRACCGGUCGUYUGGAAAGAGAGGGAGGUCUCUCUCCUCCCUUCCACUUCUGGAUUCGAGGUGGAAGGAUAUCGAGUGGAGGCUGUCUCCGUCGGUGGCCAAGAGACCUGUAUCAUAAUCCAUAACUUGAAUGUGGCCUUCGACAUCGGCCGCUGUCCUCAGCCUGCGGUCUUCCAGGAAACCGUUCUGCUGAGUCAUACUCACAUGGAUCACGUGGGUGGGAUCCCGUUCCACGUGGCAACCCGUGGUCUGCUGUCCCUCAGGCCACCGAACGUGGUCGUACCUGCCGGCUAUGUUCAGGCAGUUAGUCGACUGUUUGACGUCUACAGAGAACUGGAUGGCGCCAAACUCGAACAUAAUCUCAUCGGCCUCCAGAUCGGUCGAGAGUGGACAUUGCCCAAUAAUUACAUCGUAAAGCCAUUCARAACUUAUCACGCGAUUCCCAGCCAAGGGUACGUCAUCUACUCCCGCCGACAGAAACUGAAGGCGGAGUACCUGGGUCUUCCAGGAACGGAGAUUAAGAGAUUGAAAGAGAUCGGGAUCCCGAUCACUUACACGAUAGACGAGCCGGAGGUGGCGUUCACGGGCGACACSACGGCRGAUUUCAUAACGGACCCUGCCAACGAGGACGCUCUGCGAGCGAAGGUGCUCUUCAUGGAGACGACCUUCGUCGACGACUGCGUGAGCGUGGAGCAAGCCAGGCGGUUCGGUCACACCCAUCUCUACGAAGUGGCCAAAUUGGCCGACCAUUUYCAAAAUCGGGCUGUUGUGUUAAUCCACUUUUCACCGCGGUACAAAAAACAGGAGAUCCUGAACGCUAUUCAGGAGCAAUUGCCAGAAACCCUAAGAAAAAGAGUUAUCCCCUUAACAGCUCGUUUUGAGUAAAAGAAACAGGAAAAAAACAUUCCCUGUUCCUGCUCUCGUUC